AUGUCGACUACCGCCAAGGUCGCCAUCUGUCAGAUCUGUUCUACAGACGACGUCCAAUACAAUCUGGCCAUCUCCAAGGACAUCAUAAGGCAGGCUGUCGGUGCUGGAGCCAAGGCUUGUUUCUUACCCGAAGCCGCCGACUUUAUCGUAGCUACCACCGAAGCAUGUUACGACCUCUCCCAACCUCUCUCCAACCACACCUAUACUCGAGGACUACAAGAUCUAGCCAAAGAGCUCAAUGUCUGGAUCGCAUCGGGAGUGCAUGAGCUACCGGGUCCGGAGGACGAUGAAGCGAUCGAGAGCGAGAGCAAACAAGGGAAGAAAGUGUUCAACACGUAUGUCGCAAUCGAUCCGCAAGGAGAGCUCGUCACGAGUUACCGCAAAAUCCACCUCUUCGACGUAGCACUCAAAAACCCCACCGCUCCUCCCCCUCCACCCAACCCGGACGGCUCCUUGCCCUCUAUACCACGUCGUGGAGAAUCCGAAAGGAUGCUCGCAGGUAACAAGAUCCAAGACCCCGUAAACAUGGGCCCUGGAAUAGGAAAUGUCGGCCUGGAGAUCUGCUACGAUCUCCGUUUCCCCGAGAUGCACGGGAUUUUGGUAGAUAGGGGCGCUGGGACGUUGGUCUUUCCUAGCGCUUUUACGUUGAAGACGGGUCGGGAUCAUUGGGCCGUGGCGAUACAGUUUCAAGUCCACGUUCUGGCACCUGCACAAGCCGGCACCCACAACGCGGGCCGAGUUAGCUGGGGCGAAUCCCUAGCCUUUUCGCCUUGGGGAGCACCGCUAGGAAGACUAGCAAGUAUCGACGACUACGAGAAGCGGGGAGGUGAUAGGAGUAAACCGAUGCCGAGCAGUUUCUUCUUGAUCGACAUGGAUCAGAAGCUGAUAAAUGAAACGAGGGAUCAGAUUCCGCUCUCAUUUCAAAAGCGUCGUGAUGGUGAGCUGUUUCUCAAUCUCAGAUGA